CUACUCACUUCUUUUACUGCAGCCAUCACCUUCAGCACCCAGAUCGGCACAGUGAAGAGUGGACAUGCAAAGGAACAGAUCCUGAUCCUGCUUUCUUUCCAUCCCGAUGAAGCAAUCUUUGGAUGGGACACGACAAGAAGAGAGUUUUUCAAGGUGAAUAUGGAAUAAGUAAGCGAGAAAAAGACAGAGGUAACAGUACAGACAACGGAGCAGGAGGUUCAAAACAGGUGCAUCCCCAACAGCCAGAACACAGGGUUAAAUGAGGACACUGCACGUACAGUCAGAAAAGAGGCCUGAACUUGGCUGUGCAGCUAGAGUAAGAAUGAGGCACAUUGUUUGACUAGUAGCUGGGGUUAAUCUAAACUGAAAGAGAAAAGAGGAAGAGCUUGGCAGUCGGACAAGGGCAAUGGUUGAGGCAGACACGCAAAGAGUGUGGGUGUCAGUGAUGAACUUGGGGUGACUGUGGGAAGCAGUUAGGCUGCUUGGUAGAUCCCCAAGUUUGUCCAACUGACAGAUGAGGGUCCAGAAGGCAGCUAACAGGAUGAGGCUGGGCGGCCACGUGGCCCCACAGGGAUUACAAGCAGCAAGAAGAAGGUAAAGAGAUUAGACUCAAAACGGAGCCUGCUUUUUUAACCUCGUCACUGUUGUCACACUGACAGCGCAGAAGGCUACUCCUGAGCCAAAAUUCCAAUCAGUUCACCAUCUCUCAUUCCCAUACCUCUCCUCCCUCCCUCGCUCCCUCUGCUCAUCCAUCCAUGCAGCCACCUUUGUUGUCUACAGGGAUCCAACAGCAUCCAGGAAAUAACUUGCUGCUGAAGAACUGAGCUGGAGUGGACCGAGCUCCCUCCUAACAAGCUGAAGACUUUAUCUGCACCGAUGAGGAGACUUUUGCACUCUCUGCUAAUGGACUCAAGAUAAAAAGAUUCUGGAUUUGAGACUGUUGCAAACAACAAUCUCUUUACAAAUGACAACUUCAGGCUUGAAAACCACAUAAAUUAGCCCAUCAUGCUUUUGAAGUCAGGACUACUCUUCACUUUGUGUCUGUUUACCCUCCAGGCAAGUCGAAUCAAAGACCUUCAUGACCACGGUUUUUCUGGACUCAGGGAUGUGAAGUAUCGACACUUUCUAGAAGCCUCCAGACCGAUCAGACACACUACAAAUGUCAGAGCGGAGCAGGAUGGCCAUCGGACGAAGAGGUCAGCGCUCUUCACCACAGGUGUCAAAGUGUGUCCCCAGGAGACCAUAAAAGCAGUCAUCAGCAGCCAUCGGAGCUAUUACAAACUCAGAGUUUGUCAGGAAGCUAUUUGGGAAGCGUUUCGGAUCUUCUUGGACAGAGUCCCAAACUCAGAGGAGUACAGAGCCUGGGUUUACACCUGCCAGCAUGAAAACCUCUGCAUGGACGACCUGGCCCAGAACUUCAGCAGCUCUCAGGAGCAUCUGGAAAUGGUGGCCAGAAGAGUAGCAGAGCAAGCUGAAAGUGAAGGAUUUGACUUGACCACUGAGCCAGGAAGGGAAUGCACCUGGACACCUCCAGUGAUUCUGCUACCAACUGAAGCUGAGGCUAUCCUAGAAGAUCCAAACAUGAUAAAAGAGAACUAUGAGGAGUACAUUGUUGAGUUCAGGGUCACCAUUGUGGACCCGACAUACAGCAAGCUGCUCAGUGACCCAGAGGCUCCACAGUACAAUGACAUUACACGAGAGCUCACAGACAAGAUGCUUCAUGUGUUUGAAAAAGUUCGAGGAUUCAAAGAGAUUCGAGUUCUGGGAUUUCGCUCACAGGAUGUGUCUAUGCAUUACGCUGUGGUCUUUAAUGGAGAAACAGAGCUCAGGGAUGAACCUGAGGGUCUCGAGGAGCCUGACACAGACACAAAUGAGGAUGUAAAUGCUCCUAAACUGAAGCACAUCAUCACAAAGGCUUUAAAACAGGAACCCUCACUACCGCUGGACAUACAGACGCUCAGCUUUGAGGCUGUAACCACAGUUUAUCCAGUUGCUGAGCUCGGCAUGAACCCUGUUGAGAUCGCUGUACCCGAGGACGACACCAUACAGGCACCCACAGAGGAUUACACUCCCACCCAAAGUUUCUUCCCAAGUGUGGCAGUGAUAGAAAACUCUUUGGAAGCUUCUACAAUCAAACCAGAAACACACACCUUUGUGCCUUUCAUCCCAAACGUCGUCCCAGAAUCCACGUCUGCCAUCACAGAUGAGACUCCUCUAAUAGCGACAGUAGAACAGGAAUCCACAGAGGAUUCUGCAGGGGAGCCUGGUGACAUUAUAACACCAGACACAAAACUGGAAACUAUCACAGAGCGGGAAGAGGAAGCAGAGCCAGAGGUGGAGGAGAUACCACCUACUGAGCCUGAGGACGGAGGUGAGGCUGAACCUGACGAGCAGGUCACAGAAGAACCUGAACCUGCUGAUGGGGUCCCUGAUGAACAAAAUGAAGAUCUUCCCUUGCCAACCCCAGACACCCAACCAGAAGAAGAAAUUACUGAUACACCUGCUGAGGUUUACUAUAACUUGCCAGAGUCUACAGACCCCACACUGACUGAGAUAUCUGUCAUAGAAGCAGCAGUGCCAGUCUCCACACCAUCAUCUCACGAGGAUGCUUUCCAAGGCAAUGAACCAGAAAGAGAUGAUGAGCCUUUGCCAUCCCCUGUAGAGAGCGGCGAAGCUCCAGAGGAAAGGGAUGAGUCUGGCGGAGGGCACAGUGGAGCGACCCCAGUCUUAACAGACCUUCCUCCAGAGAACUCAAACAUUCAAGAGGAUGUCGGGUCAAGUCAGAACGAGACAGAGGCAGAAGUGACCGAAACCCUGGAAGAAGAGAGUGGUAGUGGAUUCAACUCAGAGUCUGACGAACGCCCGUAUGAAUCCACAGCUGCACCGGCCAUGAGACAAGCCAGCACCCCUCUGAUGUCCAUAAUGGAUAAGAACAAAGAGUUAGUGGUUUUCUUUAGCUUGAGGGUCACUAACAUGAUGUUUUCUGAUGACCUGUUCAACAAGAACUCCCCAGAGUAUAAAUCACUGGAGAAUACCUUUCUUGAGCUGACACAGCACUCUGGGUCCAGAAACUCGCCAAACCCUGGAGCUUCCAGUAAAUCUGGGCCUAGGAGACAGACGACUUUAGCCUCCAUACCGCUCCUGCCAUAUCUACAAUCCAACUUGACGGGAUUUAAGCAGCUGGAAAUUCUCAACUUCAGGAACGGCAGCGUUGUUGUAAACAGCAGGAUGAAACUGGACAAACCGGUCCCUUACAACGUCACAGAAGCUGUUCACUGUGUGCUUGAAGACUUCUGCAGUGCAGCAUCUAAACGGCUUGACAUCGAGAUUGACAGUCGCUCCUUGGAAGUGGAACCAGCUGACCAAGCAGACCCCUGUAAGUUCCUCGCCUGCAAUGAGUUUUCACGCUGCGUGGUAAACAGUUGGACCGAUGAGGCCGAGUGCCUGUGUGAUCCGGGGUACAGCACCGUGGACGGCCUGCCGUGUCAGAGCACCUGCGCUGUGCAGCCAGACUACUGUCUGAAUGGAGGCCUGUGUGAAAUAAUCCCGGGACAUGGAGCCACCUGCAGAUGCCCUGGAGGUAAAUACUGGCACUACCAUGGAGAACGCUGCAACGAGCUGGUGUCAAUGCCGGUAGAUCCUCCGCUUAUUGUAACCUGCCUCGUGGGAAGUCUCUGCCUUGUUUGUGCCGUCAUUGGCAUUUUGAUUUUCAUUAACAAGAAAUGUGUCAAUAACAGGAAGGCUGUCACUUUGGUGCACACCCUUGCUCCCUAUGCCUUUGAGAAUACUUUGAGGGUGAACCCAGUGUUUGAGAAUGAUGAUGGUGUCUUAACUCAAGUGUCCACAUUGCCAUAUCCUUCAAGUUCUGCUUCUUCCCAGUCCCAACAGUCUGAACAAGAACAUUUUGCCUCAAUUGAAAAUAUACAUCUGAGUAUUGAGAUCCCCAGACAACUCUACACAACCAGAUCAGAAAAGUUAGUCUCAGAAAUGGUGGACUUCCAUCACUGUACACCACACAAUGAGCUCUAUGAUGUGUGCAAAGACGUGGCGACGGCCAAAUGAAUACAGAACAUGCUGCGUUUUAAGGGCAUCAGAUAACGAAUGUUUUGAAGUAACAGUUCUUUGAUGACACCCUGUUUAUCUGAGGAGCAAAGACAGAAGUUGCUGCUUAUGGAUGCAUGGUACAGUAGACCAGCGAAAUGGUGUUAAAAGUGUUGAGAUUAAUUGUUCAUAGUGGUUGUGUCUUGUUAGACAGAGGACUAUGGAUAUUAAGGUGGACUUAGGUUGUCUUAAAGUGGAACCUAAUAUUUAUUUCAUAUAUUGAAUGGUAGGAACAUUUCCUGUAUACCCUUGGCAAAGGUUGUUCUUUCCUCACAAUGAGGUAUUUAUUAUUUACAAACUGAUACACAUGGUGGUAUCUUUAGCUUAGACUGUAAAAUGUUGUUUAUUUUAAUGUUUAACCAUUGUUGUGUCCCAAAAAGAGAAUGAAUGUAUAAGCUGUUGACUUGGAUCGUGACAUAUUGUUGUGCUGAGCUACAUUUCCAUCAGUCUGUCCUGUUCAAAACAACUCUUCCCACUAAUUAUUCGUCUUUCGAGAUUUGGACUUCUUGUUUUUUUACACAGUUUUGCAUUUAAAAGCAAAGAAUAAAAUGUUUUUUGCGUAAAAAA